AUGACCAAACCCGCAAUUAUCGUAAUCGCCGCACCAACAAAGAGGCAGCAGGAUCCGAUUCCGAUUCUGCACCCCCCCUCCGCCAACAACUUCUCGUCCGCCGCUAAGGACGACAUGACGGUGGAGGAGUGCGAGACUAUGAUCCAAAGAAGCCUUAGAAAUUCAUGGGAAAAUGGGAGAAGGUACAUUUGGGCAAGUACUGGAAUGUUGGGACAAGGAAAGAAAGGAAAUGUUGGCAAUGAUCUCGAGGGAAGACCCCAAGAGGUGAGGGAGGUUAUUGGUACUGAAGAUGAUAGUGAGGUGAGGAGAUAUAAGGCAAAAAUGGAAGAACGUGCAAGGAGGGAAGAAGACCUCUUCGCCCGUGCUCCUCUUACAAGUGCGAAUGCUGGUGUGCUUUUAGUUGAUGGACCUGGACAGAAAGCUUUGGACAAUAUCAAUCUCUUCUCAGCUUCAAGCUUACUCCAGAGUACCUGCAGUCUAGUGCAAGUCAAAGGUGUUAAUGUGAGAGAGCUAUGUGUGAGGUCUGUUCUAGUUGGUGUAUGCUUUCAUAGUUAUCAACAAGGUGUUAAAGUAAAAUGUCUCCCAUCAAGUCACUUGGAACUGGUUUGGCACUUGCUUUCUAGAAAAGAGGAUAAAGCCAAACCCAAAACAAAAGGCUGCUUGACUGAUCAAGAUGUCAUGCAGAGCACCAAACAAGCCUGGUUGCAGGAUAGAAGCACAGUAGUUUCUUUAAGAAAAAGGUUAAAGUUAUUCUGUGAUUUUCAGCUCCUAGGAAUCAGCAUGACUCAUCCAUGUGCAGCAACUUUGUUGUACAAAUCAGAUACCUUACUUGUUGUGCCUUUGAAGGGGUAUGAUUCUCAUCACAUCACUGAGGAACAUCUAGGUGGUAAAAUAAUAUCACGUUCUGUUCUUCUUUGUGCCUUUGAAGGGAUACCUUACUUGUUGUGUGCACUUGGGAUGGACAUCUUUUGA